GAGCCUCGCGGGGGCGGAGCCCGACCAGCAAGAUGGCGCCGUCCUGCCUGCUGCGCCCCCUGGCCCGGCUGCUGCCCCCCGCCUGGCUCCCGCGCGCCCUGCCCGCGCGGUCCAAGUUCUACGUCCGGGAGCCGCCGAACGACAAGCCCGACUGGCUCAAAGUGGGGCUGACCUUGGGCACCUCCGCCGUCCUGUGGGGCCUCCUCAUCACGCAACAUAACGAAGAUGUUGCAGAGUAUAAGAGAAGAAAUGGAUUGGAAUAAACUUUUGAGACAGUUUGCUCUCCGUAAAGUUAACAGCAAGUCAUCUGGAUCCACCAAUUUGUUGAUUGUAAAUAUGAAAGAAAAAGUUUUAAGUUAUAUUCCAAGUCAGCAUUUAUUUUGCAUCUUCAGAAUGAAAAAGUAAAAAUUAUCUGUGGUGACCACUUGGACCAAUGAGCCUUUUCAUAAUUCAGAGUAAAGCUGGGUCCUACUACCUGA